UUGCCGAUACUCUCCAGAGGCGGAAGGCCGUUACCGACCGUGUGCGUGACGCUGCCGUGUACCCCGCGUUCACCCUUCGUCGCGCUCGUGGCCGCGGCGCUGUUGGUGACAUACUCGCUCCCCUCGCUUUCGAGCCUGCUGUCCGAGGUCAGCGGCGACCUCCCGACCUCCACCCGCGUGCUCAUCACUGUAUCGGACUUCUUCGGCGAAUAUGGCACCCCGAUCUUAGUCGGGCUGGCCGUCUUCGCCUUGCUGCUGCUUGUGGCGCUGCGACGAGAUAGGCCGGGCCGCCACGGAUACGGUGCUACUUCGCGUUCCUGUCAUCGGCAAGGUCAUCGUAGCCAACAACAUGUUCUCGCUCACGUCCAUAAUGUCGACGCUGCUCAGAGCGGGUAUGUCCCCGGUCGAGGCUCUCAAGCUGACGCAGAGGGCAUGGCGAACGCCUAUUACCGCAGGAGGCUUGGGAGGGUCAUCGACCGCGCCACGGAAGGGACCAAGCUCGGCGAGGCCGUCGGAGAAGACGGCGGAUUUCCGUCCAUCGUCUCGCAAGCGAUCAUUACGGGCGAGACACGGGGCAGACUGGCCGAUACGAUGUCCGGUCUGACCGAGUAUUAUGAGGAAGUGACCAAGCGCGCCGCCGGAGGAAUUACCGAGCUGAUCCAGCCGCGAUCAUCCUGUUCGUGGCCGGCAUGGUAG